GGGAUUCCUCUUCCGGUGUGUUCUUUAACGCCAGUGGAGCUAAGGUUAACUUGCAGCUACGCUGUAAAGGACAUACUCCUCAGAUAUACUCAAACGUGCAUAUCGGCCCAGCGUGAGCUCUCCCUGAUGGGCGGCUGGUCUCGCAGUGCCGUGCUGGAGCUGUACAGAGCGCUGCUCCGUGCAGGGCGCCAUCUGCAGUACACCGACCGCAACUACUACCAGCGCACCGUGACCCGGGAGUUCAGACGGUGUCAGGCACUCAGCGCUCCGGGGCAGAAGGAGGACGCGCUGAAGAGGGGCCAGUUCUUCCUCAACAGCCGUCUGGGUGGGCUAGUCUAGCCCUCACCAGCAGGGCACGGCAGGAGUGCCCAGCACCACCUCCUCCACCAGGGCAGGGCAGUGGGGUGGAGUUCCACUACCACCAGGGGUCUGAACAGUUGCAGUUUCAGCCCCCAGUCUCCCAAACCUUCACUAAGGCGCGGAGAGGAUGGCGGGAGUGAGCGGCGAUCGGAAAGGGAAGAAGGAUGACAACGGCAUUGGCUCGGCCAUCGACUUCAUGCUGUCCAAUGCCAAGCUGGUGUUGGGGGUCGGGGGUGCUGCCAUGUUGGGCAUCGCCACGCUGGCAGUGAAGAGAAUAUAUGACCGAGCUCUCAGUGCUCCUUCCAGCCCAACCAAAGCCACCCAAUCAGGCAAGAGGAGUUGGGAGGAGCCCAGCUGGCUAGGGUCGUCGCCACGGACGCUGAACCGAGACAUGAAGCAGAAUCUUAGCCGCUCUCUCCAAACCCUGCCCACUUCCUCCAACUUUUCACAGCCAGACGGCCUGCGGCGGGCUCUGGGUGGUGCUGCUAAGGCUGACCUGCAGAGGGCACGCUUGCGCUUGUCCCUGCAGGAGCACCUGUGGAUGUUCUUCCAGGAGCGGGUGGUCAUCCCCGCGGAGGAACAAGCCUUGGCCCGCCGCGCUGCCCUGGACAUCUGCGCCGAGCUCCGCGUCUUCCUCCACGCCAAGCUGCCCGACAUGCCCCUGCGAGAGAUGUACCUCAGUGGGAGCCUCUACGACGACCUGCAGGUGGUAACAGCAGAUCAUGCUCAGCUCAUGGUUCCUUUGAUCCUGGAGAAGAAUCUCUGGUCGUCCAUUCCGGGCGAGGACACCAUCAUGAAUGUCCCUGGUUUCUGGCUCGUCCGUCGAGAGAACUUGGAAUACUUUCCGCGUGGCAGCAGCUACUGGGACCGCUGCAUGGUAGGCGGCUACCUUUCCCCCAAAAGUGUUCUGGAAGUCUUUGAGAAGCUCGUCGCUGGCUCCAUCAACUGGCCGGCGAUCGGCAGCGUUCUGGAUUAUGUCAUCCGGCCUGUGGUGCCCUCAGAGACGCUGACGUUGGAGGUGCAGUAUGAGACAGACCGGCACCUGUACGUGGACUUCCUCCCGCUGCUCGUCAUGGAGGACGGCAUUUCACUGAUCGCCAAGACGCACCGGCUGGCCGCCGAGCGCCACCAGAACCUCUGGCGGCAGAGCUUCCGCGUGGCGGAGACGGCCAGGUUGCGUGCGCUCGACCAGGAGGACGGCGGUUGCCGCGGCGUCUGCCUGAAGGUGGCCAAGGCCGUGUGCAAGCUGAACCCGCCCCUGGCAUGCCUCAACGCCAGUCAGCUCACAAACGCCAUCCUGCUGCUCAGCGAGAGUAAGGGCAGCUGGACUAACGAGGCACUGGCUGAUCGUUUCACACAGCUGCUCCGUUCACUGGUGGGACACCUAGAGGCUGGGAGGCUACCCUGCGCCCUCAAUCCUAAGGUGAACCUGUUCUGUGAACUGACCCCACAGGAAAUAGACGAACUCGGAUACACACUCUACUGUGCCCUUUCAGACCCAGAGAGCCUGCUGCGGACUGCCUAACACGCACGCACGCACACACACAUUACUUAAGCCCUUCAGUGUUGACGCAAGAUGAAUUUGCUGUAUCAUUAAAUAUUUAGUCCAUGCAUUUAAAGAUUUUUCUUUGAUGUUGAUUUUUCUACAUAAACGUGUCCAUUCAUAAAACAGUGAAAGGUAGAGAAACACUUUACCUCUGUGCCCGUCAGUGUGUGUCAUGCCUGCUGCAUCCUAAUGGGUCAUUGUAGGCACCCAGUUCAAGUCCUUCUCUUCCUGUUUUAAAUCCCGCUUCUCUGCCAGCCUCACCUCCUACUGCCUUUAGAUCCCACCCGAGUGUCUAACGUCCAAGAUCUGCGUCAAGGGCCAUUUUAAAGCGCUGCUGUUUCAGAGUUUGCAGGGUCUUUGUCUCUGACCUUUUGUAUUUAGGUUUUUUUCUGAAAUUGUUGUAGGCUGCCUAGCCCCCUCAGGGGAAGUCUGAAUCUCUGUUUAUUUAGUGUGUUUUAUUUUCUGCACUGAACAAAUGUAGCAGAGAAACAGCUGAAACAGAUUUCAGGUUGUUAACGAGGAGACUAUAGAAUGGCAUCCGUUUUGGCGGGAACGGAAUGGCACUGAUUUGUAGAAUGCAAGAACCUGGUGUCCAGAGUGAUGGAGUGCAGCUGUCUUCAUUAUGCAGCUGCCACUUUAGAUAUUCUUCCUUCCAUGCAAGAGUGAAUUUUAGGCUACAAACCGUUGGUGAGACAUGUAGAAUGAUAUUGAAGGAGUAACAACAUUUAGGUUCAAAGUUUGUUUAGUGAGUACCAAAAUAUAUUUAAUGUUGAAUAAAACAAUUAAGUUGCAUUCUUAGGUAAACAUCCUUUUGUCACUAUGUGUAAUUCAUCUGAUGGAGUGUGUAAUCUCAUAGCCUUUGAUUUUCACUGCUACUUUCUGACUAUGCUUUGUGUGUGUUGUGGGGGUUUAGAUGAAAUUUGAAAUUCCUAAAUUGAAUGAGCCUUCGGAGAUUUUUUUGAAUGUAGAAAAAAUAAAAAGUCAAAUCUAAAUGCCCUUAAGCCUUCGUGGAUAGAAAGAGCUGUUUAAGUACUGGCACUGCAGCUGAUGGAGGCAAGCAAGUAAACCAAAUAUUUAUCCUAGAUUUUAUUGUAACAAAAGAAUAACCAGAAUUAUAUUUAAACAUAUAUAUAUUUCUCUAGAGACUUUUGCCUGUGAAACAUUGAGUGGUAUUUAAAAAAUACAUUUAAUUAAACAAAUUAAUGUUUAAGGGGCAAAAGGCAAGUUUGUUUAUCUGUUAGGAAUAAGUCAAGUUUAAAUACAGUCAUCAUUUUGCUGUUCAACCUUCAAGGCUUUCAGAUACUCUAGAACAUUCCUUCCCAAACCAUUCUGCAGUAUAGUGUUCAUGUGCCAAUACCAGUGCAACUGAAUACUACAUGCUAUAAAACCAUUAGAAUUUUGCUGAAAAAGUACUCGAGACACCCACUAACCACGUUUCACCAUAACGACAGUGCUGAAGGAUAAUUCUGAUUGGUUGCAGUGAUCUGAGAAACUUUCAGCUCAUAGGUGGAGUGGUACAGUGUAUCGCUGUAUUACACAGUAUUGACGGUUGGCACAGUUUAGAGGAAGCCCUUGUGGUCUUACAGAGGUUUCCAAGCCAGGCCAAGACAUGAGAGGAGGAGGAGCGGUGAUCAUAUGAUUCAAGUGUGGAUUUUAGUGUUUUGAUUUUUUUCUU